UGUACCCUGAUGUCAAUGCGUGUGUGUUGAGCGUGCCAGGUCUGGAAACAUGGCGGCCUGUGCGUUACGCAGAGGCUUGCUGAGUACUGUCAGUAAAUACAACAAGAAACACGCACACAGGAUACUGAGUGUGGUGGACAGCAGCAGCGGGUCUGAGCUGUUCAGACCGCGGGUUCAAUGCCGAGCUUGCGGGCUGCCCGGCGGCUUUCAGCAGAGGAGGUUCAUGUCGUCACGACCUGAAGGGAAGAUUCUGGAGACGGUGGGAAUGUUUGAAGCUGUGAAGCAGCACGGCAAAUAUGAAACGGGACAGCUGUUUCUCCACAGUGUGUUUGGCUACAGAGGCAUCGUCCUGUUCCCCUGGCACGCCCGCCUCUACGACAGAGACAUCACCCCUCCCAUGUCUGAAAGCAAACCUGAUCCUCCGGGUGCACACGGCUCCAAGGAGGUGAAGGGGAAGACUCACACAUACUACCAGGUCCUGAUUGACACCAGGGACUGCCCUCACAUAUCUCAGAGGUCCCAGACGGAGGCAGUGACGUUUCUGGCCAACCAUGACGACAGCAGAGCCCUGUACGCUAUCCCAGGUCUGGACUAUGUGAGCCAUGAAGACAUCCUGCCCUAUAACUCUACGGAGCAGAUCCCCAUCCAGCACGAGCUGUUUGAGCGCUUCCUCAUGUUUAACCCAGCCAAAGCUCCUCCGUUCACACCCAGAGACACCCUGAAGGCGUGGCAGGAGAAGAACCACCCCUGGCUGGAGCUGUCAGACGUCCACAGGGAGACCACGGAGAACAUCCGGGUCACCGUCAUCCCCUUCUACAUGGGCAUGAGGGAGGCCCAGAACUCCCAUGUGUACUGGUGGCGGUACUGUAUUCGUCUGGAGAACAUGGGUGCUGAGGUGGUUCAGCUGAGAGAAAGACACUGGAGGAUCUUCAGCCUCUCAGGAACCCUGGAGACCGUCAGAGGACGAGGAGUCGUAGGCAGGGAGCCGGUGUUGUCCAAAGAACAGCCAGCCUUUCAGUACAGCAGCCAUGUGUCUCUACAAGCCCCCAGCGGUCAUAUGUGGGGGACGUUUCGUAUUGAAAGAACCGACGGCUCCCACUUCGAUGUACGCAUUCCCCCUUUCUCCCUGGAGAGCAACAAAGAUGACAAAGCGCCCCCCGCUGGCUACACGUUCUAACUGCCAGUAGUCUCCCCCCGCCUGAGAGGCCCUGACCGUACGUCAGGGCCGGUCCUCUCUGGGUUGUCUAGAUUUGUCCUUCCCUCCAUAACACUGCGUCAGCCUCUAGCAAAAGCCUAGCGCGAGUCGGUUAUGCAAAGGCAAAUUAUAAUUUUCUACAUCAUCCCAAUGCAGGGCCAUCUUUCCCUUUACUGCAAGUGCAUCAAACAGCAAUAUGUCAAUAAGUUAAUCUUAUAGAGUGGUGCAGUGAUGGCGUAUUUUUGUAGGUCAACCUGAAAGUUAGCAUUAUCAUCAAGGUCUUCCUCAACAAAAAGCAAUGGGAUUUUCAAUAUGUAAGGAAGUGGCCAACACUCUUUUAUGAUACUGAACAGCAGAAUAAUCUCCACAUGGUGAUUUUUGAAGCGUAAAUGUGAUUGACAGAAAUAAAAGCUAUCGUAAUGCUACAAACGCACUACAUCACGGUCCUAUGGCUAUGCAUCACCAAUGUUAGCUAAUGGCGGCUAAUGUUUGCAGUGAUGACAUCUAAUAGUUGCUUUUGCAGUCACUUGUUAGCAACCACUGUUUCUAGAAGCUUCGGACAUUCACGAGUUGUGUGUUUACUGACGUAUUUUAAGCCGUAUAACAAACAGUGAAAAAAAUGUCUUCAGCUUGUGUUAACCACAGACCUUAUUUCAGGCUUUAACAUGUUUAAGACCCGUUGACUUUGAGACGAGGAAACCGAACAUUUUGUAAAAUAAUUUCCGCAUUUUAGAACUCAUGACUGCCCCACUCUAUAUUGAAAAUAAAUCCUCACUAUGUAUUUGAAGAGACUUGCACAGUCAAGUGAACAGUGCUGGGAGGUUGAGUUGUUGUUGCCAAGCUGAGCAUCUGACAGCUGAACAUCUUCGCAGGUUGUUUUUAUUUCCCGCUGAGUUGUGAAUAGAGAAACCUCUCCAGCUGAGCUUCACAGCGAGGCCUCAGUUGGACACUUUUAAGUGAAGUAAGCCAUCAUUUUAGCUACGUGUUACAAACUACUCUUUGAUACUUUCUGUUUGAAUUUAGGAAAACAUGUCGCAUUACUUUUAUUUUAGACCCCGUUUGAUUUUCAUGUUUUUAAUCACGCCUGGUCACUGUCCAGUGGUGUCAGCGCUGUGUGGGCCACUGAUGGAAGGGACAUCAGAUGAAAUAUUGAGGUGCUUAUAGUGCUUAAGUUACAGUGUUUUACAACAUUAUGGCGCAACGGAUGGAAUUAGGUGUUUGACGCUCAUCAACAGAUUUUUUUUUUUAUUUCAGUUGCGAGUUAUAUUCGGUCUUUCAGAAGUGCUCUUGUAUUUUUUCUGAGUUAUAAUUCUUGAUGAGCACUAUCAAAUAAUCUGCAAAUAUUACAGAUGGUGUUUAUUUUAGCCUACAACAUAUAGAUACAUUCUGAAGAAAUUAUUUUGAUCAGUGCUUAAAAAACUGGCAUUUCCAUCGGCAUGUGAUCCAAUGGUGUGAACUGUAUGUGUUGACAGCCAAAACAGAAUCCCUUCUUUGCUGGAGGGUUUAGCUGAGUUGUUGUAUUAGAAUUACAAAUGCAGCACACCUUAAAUUAGAAAAAUAAUGAUAUUUUUACUCAUGGACACCUGUUUGUUUAAAGCUGAUUGUUCAAAUUUUGAUCUGUGACACGGACAGUUUUCAGCCCAGAUUUUCUCCCUGGUUAAAGUGAGGAGAUAAUGCUAACAUUUGGUUUUGCUAAGUGGUUUGAGGUAACUAUGAUGGUUGAAGUACUACUGUAAAUAAAGAUGUAAGUAAAGGCAAAACAAAUAAAUGAUACCUUUUGAAAAGCC